UAUAUCUAUGGUAUGUAGCUUAAAUACUAUUUUUUGCAAAUCGAUUAAAAAUUAUUAAUCUUUCAUAAAAAAAUCGUUCGAUGACUACUUUAUAGUUUGUAUGCACUUUAUACUAGAUAAUUGUUUGUAGUCUCGUUGGAUAUAGUAAUGUGACUGUCUUAUUCGAUACUACAUUUUAUGUUUAUCUUACAUUGAAUCUAAAUAUCUAUAAAAAUGACUUGGGGUUUUGUUACUUGUGGUCCUAAUGAGGCUCUCGUUAUAUCAGGAUUUUGUUACGGCAAACCAAAUUUGGUACCUGGUGGAAGAGCAUUUGUUUGGCCUGUUAUACAAUAUUGCCAGAAAAUUUGUUUGAACACUAUGACAAUACAAGUUGAUAGUCCUAAGGUAUAUACUAUCCAAGGUGUUCCUUUGUCUGUUACUGGUAUAGCUCAGGUAAAAAUUCAAGGACAAAAUGAGGAAAUGCUUUUAACAGCAUGCGAGCAGUUUUUGGGUAAACCCAAGGAAGAGAUACAUGAAAUUGCAUUGCAUACUCUUGAAGGUCAUCAACGAGCAAUUAUGGGUUCUAUGACUGUAGAGGAAAUUUAUAAAGAUCGUAAAAAAUUUAGUAAACAAGUAUUUGAAGUAGCUUCUUCAGAUUUAGUUAACAUGGGUAUAACUGUUGUGUCAUAUACAAUAAAAGAUAUAAGGGACGAAGAGGGUUAUCUUAAAGCACUUGGGUUGGCUAGAACUGCAGAAGUUAAACGUGAUGCUCGUAUAGGAGAAGCCGAGGCAAAAAGAGAAACAACAAUUAAAGAAGCUAUGGCAGAAGAAGAAAGAAUGGCAGCCAAGUUGAUCAAUGAUACAGAAAUAGCUAAAGCUCAAAGAGAUUUUGAACUUAAAAAAGCAGCAUAUGAUGUAGAAAUUCAAACAAAGAAAGCUGAAGCAGAAUUAGCUUUUGAACUUCAAGCUGCAAAAACAAAGCAACUUAUAAAAGAAGAACAAAUGCAAAUUGAUGUUGUAGAAAGAACACAACAAAUUGCUGUCCAAGAACAAGAAAUUCAAAGACGAGAACGUGAAUUAGAAGCUACUGUAAGGAGACCAGCAGAAGCUGAGAAAUUUCGAUUAGAGAAAUUGGCUCAAGCAAAUAGAACUCGAAUUAUACUGGAAGCUGAAGCUGAAGCUGAAACACUCAGGCUUAAAGGAGAAGCAGAGUCAUUUGCUAUUCGAGCAAAAAGUAAAGCUGAUGCAGAACAAGCAAUAAAAAAAGCAGAAGCAUGGAAAGAAUACAAAAAAGCUGCUAUUAUUAAUAUGGUUCUUGAAGCAUUACCAAAGCUUGCUGCUGAAGUUGCAGCUCCUUUUGAAAAUACUAAAAAGGUUACAAUGGUGGCCAGUGGUGAUGGGGAUGUGGGGGCUGUAAGAUUGACAAAUGAAAUUAUUCAAAUAGUUAAUAAAGUGCCUGAAAUGGUAACUACUUUAACUGGAGUUAAAAUAAAUGAUGUCAUGAAUAUGUAAGAAAAUGGGCUGGAAAUUCGAUCAAUUUAUUAGUAUUAUUAUUUUUUUUUUUUUUGCUUAUGAUCUUAAUUGUCUUCCAAUGCUCAUCAAGUAAAUUACAUUAUUUAUCCUUUAUAAUUAAUCAAUUGCUUAAUGUUUUACCUUAUGAUAUGUAGG